AUGACAACCUCAGCCCUGCGCCGGCAGGUGAAGAAUAUUGUGCACAACUAUUCAGAAGCGGAGAUCAAGGUUCGCGAGGCCACCUCGAACGAUCCAUGGGGCCCGUCCUCGUCUCUCAUGUCAGAGAUCGCAGACUUAACCUUCAACGUGGUGGCGUUUGCCGAGGUCAUGGGCAUGGUCUGGAAACGCCUCAACGACAGCGGCAAGAACUGGAGACAUGUCUACAAGGCCCUGACUCUGCUGGACUACCUGCUGAAGACAGGAUCAGAGAGAGUGGCCCAACAGUGCCGUGAGAACGCAUUCACUAUUCAGACGCUGCGUGACUUCCAGUACGUGGACCGCGAUGGCAGAGACCAGGGGGCCAAUGUGAGGGAAAAAGCUCGCCAGCUGGUGUGUCUCCUCCGAGACGAGGAACGGCUCCGCCAGGAGAGGAGUCAGGCCCUGAAGACCAAGGAGCGAAUGGCUGGGGGAGGCAGCGGAGGGGGCGGGGGUGGGGGUGGGGGUGUCUAUGGUGGCAUACCCCCGUCUUAUCACCCGGGCAGACGAACGAGCCAGCCCAGCAUGGCUGUGCUGUACGGGGAGGAGUUCAGCCGCUCCAGAGGCUCUCCCUCCUCCUUUAACUCCUCGUCCUCGUCUCCUCGCGCCGCCUCAGACCUGGAGCAGGCUCGACCUCAGACCAGUGGGGAGGAGGAGCUGCAGCUCCAAUUGGCCUUAGCCAUGAGCAGGGAGGAGAGUCAGAAGGAGCAGCGCUGUCGCCAAGGAGACGAGUCUCUGUUGCAGAAGGCCCUGGAUGAGAGCCGGAGAGAGAGCCAGUCAGGGACACGAGAGUCAGCCAUGUUGGACCUGGUGGACAUAUUUGGCUCGUCAUCUGAGCCCCCGCCUCCUCCUAAUGACCCCUGGAACUCAGCUCAGCCCACCUGUGACGUCACCUCUGACCCCUGGGACUCUGUAGCAGUUCACUCCAGCACUCCUGUGAUUGGAAGCCCUUGGACAGCCCCGCCCUCUUCCUCCAACACAUCCAAUCCUUGGGCACCAUGUGCCAACUCACGCACAGACCCCUGGGAAGCAGUGCCUGCUUCCUCCAGUCCUGUCAAUCAUGCAUGGGACAGCCCAACAGACGGAGGUGAUGAUGGGACAGAUCUGUUUACUGCACAGGAAGAGGAGAAGCCCACACAGGAAGUUCCUCAGGUGUCCUCUCCUCAACCUGCCAGUCCCACAGAUGCGGAGCUCUUUGGGGUGAAGUCAGACUCAGACCCAUUUUCUGGAGCGGAUUCUAAACCAGAUCUGUUUGGGGCUGACCCUCCUGUGAAACCCCAGGUAAAUGGACGAGAGUCUGCCAGCCCAGAGAUGUUUGACCUGUCACGGCUAGCACCUCCGCUCAGCGCCCCGCCUACACGUGUGUGUCGGACCCCAGAGGCCUUCCUGGGACCUACCGGGGCCUCGCUCGUCAAUCUAGACGCUCUGAUACCCUCCAACCCGCCUAGCAAGAUGCACAAUAACCCCUUCCUCUCAGGUCUGAGUGCUCCGUCUCCCACCAACCCCUUCCACUGCGACCAGCCUCGCCUCACCCUCAAUCAAAUGCGACCAUCCUCCACCUCCCCGCUGCCCCCUCACAUGCUCUCCUACAGCCCAUCCCUGCCUCUCCCUCUUCCCCACCAGCCGCCCAUCCUCCCCUCCUCUCUCACACAACCCCCUGCCGGACUCCUGGACCUUCCUUCCAACCUCCCCCAACCUCUGCUCCCUCUUUCUCCACGACCAGCAGCCCGCACUCAGUCACAGACACAGACACACAGCCACAACCCUUUCCUCUGA